GCAUUUCCCGUUGGACUUUGCUUUACGAUGUUGUGACAUGUUUCCGUGUAAUCAGCUUGUGUAACAGCAGCAGUCCGUCCACACACAUGAGGGGUCUAGUGUCACUAACGUUACCUGCUGCAUCAGGUCCAUGGCGAGUGGGAUGCACAGACAUCAUGGGGGGCUUCGGGACAGAGGGCACUUUCUUUCGCCUAUUUUACCCCUGCAGCCCAUCUCCUGCCCAGCAGCAGAAUACUCUCUGGUCUCCGCGUCCUGAGUACAUCGCCGGUCUGCUUGCCAUCCGCGGGUGGGAGGGCAAGGUCGCCCGGUUUGGAGCCUCAGUGAUAUUGGGUUCCCCCCAAAUUUCUGUAACCUGGAAUGGAAACUUUAUAUCUGGUAAUUCCCGAAGGCCGCUUGUCAUCUACUCUCAUGGACUUGGGUCUUGCAGAACAAUAUACACAUCUCUGUGUAUGGACCUGGCAUCUUAUGGCUUUCUUGUGGCUGCUGUAGAACACAGGGAUGGCUCAGCCUGUGCUACGUACCAUUUUUCAGAAGUAUCCUCAGGAGAGGCUGGCAUACCCCCGAAGGAGGUCUGGAUCCCAUAUAAGAAACUGGAACCAGGAAUGAAAGAAUUUUAUCUCCGAAACUAUCAGGUCCAUCAAAGAGCCAGUGAGUGUUUCACAGCAGUGAAGAAUCUACAGGAUAUAGAUGUAGGACGGACGGUGACUAAUAUGUACUCAGACUUCAACCUAGAUGUUCUUAAGGACAAGAUAGACUUCAGCAGUGUAGCUGUCAUGGGUCAUUCGUUUGGGGGAGCAACUGCUUUGCUUAGCCUGGCAAAAUAUGAUAUUUUCAGGUGUGCAGUGGUUUUGGAUCCCUGGAUGUUUCCACUGGAAGAUACUUGCUAUCCUAACAUACAGAAACCAAUAUUAUCCAUAAACACCGAAAACUUCCAGACAAACCAGAGUGUUCAGAAAAUAAAGAGACUGAAUUCAUUAGGGGCAGAGCUAAAAUACCUAACAGUACUGGGCUGUGUCCAUCAGAGUCAAACAGAUUUUGCCUUCCUUACUGGGUACCUGGCAAAUAAAAUUGCAGGCCCUCUAGGAACAAUGGAUCCACAUCAGUGUCUGAAGAUCAUGGUCAAUUCAUCAUUAGACUUUCUCCACAAGCAUUUGGAUCUAGGUGGAGAUGUCCCUAAGUUGGAAGAUCUAAGUGAAGCAAUCCAAGCACAAAUCAUUCCCGGCUUUCCAAUAUUACAUUCCAGCAAACUUUGACAUCACUACAAGAAUAUUCCUUAGGAUACCUAAAAUAGACGAGGGCCUGGUUCCUGGGAAAAGCAAUAAUAAAAUGAUGCUUUGUUGUGGCAAUAAGAGGGCCUUGUGUUAGAAUAAAAGCACCACUGUUGAUAAAAA